UGGAUGGAUGGAUGGACAGAAUGGCAGAGCAUGGACAGACAGAUGGCAAGAGCCUAGAGGCAUAAACCCCACCCCUCAGACUGAGACUCCCCUUUCUUUCCCCCACAAACCACAGGUCCCGGAGCCCUCACCCCACCCCCCUGGCGCCAUGCGGGUAGCGCCCCCCGCAGUGACCCCGGCCCCCCCAGCAUCCCCGGAGCUGCACAGCUGGCGGGUGCUGUGCUGCAGCCUGGUGGCCCUGCUGGGAGCCGCUGCACUGGCAGGGGGGACACCGUGCCCAUCUGUGUGCCGCUGCGAUGGGGGCUUCAUCUACUGCAACGACCGGGGGCUCACAGCUGUGCCCGACAAUAUCCCCGAGGGCGCCACCACCCUGUACCUCCAGAACAACCGCAUCAGCAAUGCUGGGAUCCCUGUCCAACUCAAGGCCAAGCUGAGUGUCAGGGUCAUCUACCUAUACGAAAACGACCUGGACGAGUUCCCCGUCAACCUGCCCCGGUCCUUGCGGGAGCUGCAUCUGCAGGACAACAAUGUCCGGGCCAUCGCCCGUGAGUCCCUGGCCCGGCUCCCACUGCUAGAGAAGCUCCACUUGGAUGACAACUCUGUUUCCACCGUAAGCAUUGAGGAGGACGCAUUUGCCGACAGCGCCCGCCUCAAGCUGCUCUUCCUCUCCAGGAACCAUCUCAGCAGCAUCCCUUCAGGCCUGCCCCGGACGCUGGAAGAGCUGCGGUUGGAUGAUAACCGUAUCUCCACUAUCCCCCUCCAUGCCUUCAAGGGGCUCCACAAUCUCCGGCGCCUGGUGUUGGAUGGGAACCUCUUGGCCAACCAGCGCAUCGCCGACGAUACCUUCAGCCGCCUGCAGAACCUGAGCGAGUUGUCCCUGGUGAGGAACUCUCUGGCCGCCCCACCACUCAACCUGCCCAGCUCCCGGCUCCAGAAGCUAUAUCUCCAGGACAAUGCCAUCAGCCACGUGCCCUACAACACCCUGGCCAAGAUGCGGGAGCUGGAGAGGUUGGAUCUGUCCAACAACAACCUCACCACCUUGCCCAAAGGGCUCUUCGAUGACCUGGAUAGCCUCAGCCAGCUUCUUCUGAGGAACAACCCAUGGUUUUGCGGCUGUAACUUGAUGUGGCUGAGGGACUGGGUGAAAGCCCGGGCAUCUGUGGUCAACGUGAGGGGGCUGAUGUGUCAGGGACCAGAGAAGGUGCGGGGCAUGGCCAUCAAAGACAUCACCAAUGAGAUGGACGAGUGCUUUGAGGUGGGCGGGCCAGCCAAAACCACAGCAGCUGAUACAGCCGUCACCACGCCCCAAGGCUCCCUCUUCACACUCAAGGCCAAGCGGCCGGGUAUCCGCUUGCCAGACUCCAAUGUGGACUACCCGCUGGCCACAGGGGCUGGCGACAAGGCCCUGGUACUCACCGUCAAGCCGUUGACGGCUGACAGCAUCUGGAUCAGCUGGAAGGCCCUGCUCCCUGCUGCCUCCUUCCGCCUCAGCUGGCUCCGUCUAGGUCACAGCCCAGCAGUGGGGUCCAUCACUGAGACGCUGGUCCAGGGGGACAAGACUGAAUAUCUCCUGACGGCCUUGGAGCCCAAGUCCACCUACAUCAUCUGCAUGGUCACUAUGGAGACUGGUGAGGCCUAUGUGGCCAAUGAGACACCCGUGUGUGCCAAAGCUGAGACAGCUGAUGCCUACGGCCCCACCACCACCCUCAACCGGGAGCAGGGCGCAGACCCCUUGGCCGGACUACCUUUGGCAGGUAUUGUGGGCGGGGCUGUGGCACUGGUCUUCCUCCUCCUCAUCUUGGCGGCUAUCUGCUGGUACGUCCACCGGGCCGGCGAGCUGCUGAGAGGCCACCGGGCCUACAGCCGGGGUAGCCGCAAGAAGGAUGACUAUGUGGAGUCGGGUACCAAGAAGGACAACUCCAUCCUGGAGAUCAGGGGCCCUGGCUUACAAAUGCUGCCCAUCAACCACCACGGGGCCAAGGAGGAGUAUGUCAUUCACACCAUCUUCCCUUCCAACGGCACCAGCCUCUACAAAAGCACCCACACCAUCGGCUACGGCACAACGCGGGGGUACAGAGACGGGGGGAUCCCCGACAUAGAUUACUCCUACACAUGAUAGACAACCUCCUGCCCCUCUUUCCCCCGGCAGUGGAUCCUUCCACCCAGAACUCAUCAUUUUGGCCCCCCGUGACCCACCGGGGGAUGGAGCUGGGGCUGUGGUGGAUGUGAGGGACAACCCAACCUGGAGACUCUUUUGUAGGCCACAAAAAUUUGGCGGGAGGUGGGGGGAAGGGAUUAUCAAACAGACCUUGUUUCUAUUUAAUAUUGCAAGCCGGGAACCCGGGUGGAACUACGGAGCUCAAACUACCUGUUUCUACUCCCCUUCAUCGCUUCGUUCAGGGGUUAGGUUAAUUAAGCAACGGAAGAGGGUCACAAUCCACACCCCCCUCAAACGUCCUCAGUCACUGGCUCCUCAGCUUCGAGAUGAGAGGAGAUCUAUCUCCAGACAUCUGAGCUGUCCCAUCGCUGGGGAGGAAGAUAUAUAUUUUUAGGGCUGUUUUGUUCCGGCCGCAUCUUCUCCGGGUUGUGGAAAAGACACCAGUUCUUCAUGGUUUUCCCCAAAGGGGGUUUUUCUCAAGCUCUUGGGUUCUUCUUGGACCUAUCACCAGAUCUCAUCCCUACAUCCCUCCUGAGUGAAAAAAUAUAGCUGUCUCCAGAUGUCUCCAUCAUUCCCGCUCAUGGUUUGCUGGUGGGGAUGAUCCAAAGGUGAUGGUCUGGGGUAUGUGUGUGCCUGUGUCUUCAGGUCCUUGUUGCAUGGGGUCCAUGGAGGUGGGUGUAGAUCUCCAUGGGCACAACAGCUUUGGGGAGACCCAGGGAAGCAUCAGGACAUCCGG